AUGCCUGUGAACAACUACAACACAGAGCGACCAAUAGCAGUUAAAAAGCAUUGCUACUUGUAUUCAUUUGGAAAAGCUAGCUUAUGGCUUUUAUCCAGACAACAACCAGAUACCAGCGACAACGACUAUGGAGCUCGAAAGUCUACGGAACAACCAAAAUGGUUUGAAUUGCCGACCUUUAUGGCGUGCAAGCAAUGGGCUUUGAGCAGAUUUGCGGCGACGGCAGAUUUGCUGCGUACAAACAAUGAGUUGUUUAGUCCACGUCAGCAUUUUCCAUCCUUAACCUCCAUUGAUGGACUGCUCACCAAUUUUGAUGAACUCACAAGCCAACUUAAAGUUGGCUUACGCUUAACUCCAUAUGAGAAUUUGUUCAUACGGCUCACUAAUUUGAAGGGUUCGACGGUCCGUCCGCCAACAACUGUCGAGUCGCAAGUCGUGUUGGCCGUGGGCAUGGACCCCUCGAGAUUAAAGCAAUUGGCUCAAACUAUCUCUGGUUCACACUCUAAAAAUCUUGGUCUGAACAACACCGAAUUUGGCCGGGUUAAGCAAGUUCGUCUCUCGUCGAUCUUACAACACUCCCUCAGCAACAAUGGAGGCAGUCCUUCACCGUCACCCUCUCCUUCUCAAUCUCCCAUGUCGAAACCUGACCACCAUAACCGCCACCAUCACCACCACCACCAUCAUCAUCACGCUGCUCCUGCCGUUUCGCCUUCUCCAUCAACUGCGAGUGGUGGGUCUUUCAGCGGGAGAGGAUCACCAGCAUCCACACCCGCACCAGCUCCUGCAAAAACUGAGCCUCCGUGUCCUUUUGGUCACAAUAACUGGUAUCCGUGGAAGCACAGGCAUUCUCGGAUGGCACCUACUGCACCACCAGUUUACGCACCAUACAUAGCUCCAUCGCAGCCAAGGCAAAAGGAUACACCGGCGCCAGAAAUUGCUCCAGCUUCCGCAGAACGGCCAUCUCCAAUUGCAUCUCAUGCUUAUAACUGGCCCCCCUCACCAAGUGAACACCGUGCAAGGCCUCAGGACGUGAUGUCAAUAACAUCACCUGCUCCAUCUCCAUCUUCUGCAAAGACAUACUCCUCAAAACCAUGGAUUCUGCUGAUGUUUACAUUGGUCAGGAUGGCACUGUUGUAGCUGCAGAGAACGAUAGAGCACCUUUCUGGUUAGAGGAGGUACUCCACGAAAACUGAAAUAACUAAUUUUAUCCAACCAAGCAUUCUAAACUUGAGUUUUGCUGGUGAGAGCGACACACCCAAAGGGGCUUACCUCACUGUGAGUGCAUAUACGUUGUUGUGUUGUACGUGUAAAUAUGCGAGUAAAAAAAUGAUCUUGGUGGCUUAACAGCAUGAAGGUCAAAGUCUCAUAGGUGACAGGCUUCUCAUGGUGUUGUAAUGCCACUGAUUUGUGUAUUAUGUCUCUUCUGCAUAAAUUUGAGGAGAGAAAACCAACAAAUGUAAACAGCACCCUUUUCUUUUAUUUUUUCUUUCUUUUCGGUAUCAAAUCUCUUACGAGUAGCCACGAUUUUCCACAUAUGAUUUCCACGUGGUCUGUAAUUUAUCAGCUGGGAGCUUUAGGAGAGGUCUACAUUGAAUCAGACAUACUCUUUCUGUUGUCUUGUGAAGGAUCUCACCAUAUUAGCAGCUGAGGAAGCAAUAAGAAUUGUUUCUUCUUAGUCA